AUGUGGCCAUUUUUGAUAGACAAGGCUAAACAAGGUGGCAUUGACGCAAUUGAAACCUAUGUGUUUUGGAAUGCACACGAGCCUCAACAAGGCCAAUAUGAUUUUUCAGGAAAUAAUGAUCUCGUCAGAUUUAUUCGAACAAUUCAAGAACAAGGGCUGUAUGCUAUUCUCAGAAUUGGACCAUAUGUUUGUGCGGAAUGGAAUUAUGGUGGAUUUCCUGUUUGGUUGCAUAACCUUCCCGGCAUUGAGUUCAGGACCAAGAAUAAAGUUUUCAUGGAUGAAAUGGAAAAAUUCUCGACAGUGAUAAUAAAUACGAUGAAGGAUUAUGAGUUAUUUGCAUCACAAGGAGGACCCAUCAUUAUUGCUCAGAUUGAAAACGAGUACGGAAACAUAAAAGGAUCAUACGGACAAGCUGGGAAUGAAUAUGUGAAGUGGUGUGCCGAUUUGGCACUUUCUUACAACCUCAGCAUUCCUUGGAUCAUGUGUCAAGAGGAUGAUGCUCCUCACCCCAUAAUUAACACUUGCAAUGGAUUCUACUGUGACCAGUUCAAACCCAAUAGCAAAAACAGUCCCAAAAUGUGGACUGAGAAUUGGACUGGCUGGUUCAAGGCUUGGGGUUCAAGAGAUCCCUUGAGAACAGCUGAGGAUCUUGCAUUUGCUGUGGGACGUUUCUUCCAAUACGGUGGAACCUUGCAAAAUUACUACAUGUAUCAUGGUGGAACGAACUUUGGUAGAACCUCGGGUGGUCCUUAUAUCACCACAUCGUAUGAUUACAAUGCACCUCUCGAUGAAUAUGGUACAUUCGCGACUUGUUUAGAUUUUGAUCCCGGUUGUGAUUUGAGUAUGUCUAUGGAGGAAGUUUUGACCUAUGGUGAGGUCAAUCACACCGAAUACGGUCACUUGACAACAGUUUAG